AUUGUGACAAAUGGAGUUUAUCAUAGUAUUGAACAUCGAGUAACAGUUAAUUCAGAAAAGGAGAGGAUUUCCAUCGCCACUUUCCUUAACCCGAAAUUUGAUGGAGAUCUGAGGCCAACACCAAGCCUUAACAUGGAUCAAAAGCCAGCGUUAUUCAAAAGGAUGAGUGUUGUUGAGUGCUAUAGGGGAUUAUUUUCCUGCGGGAUCUCCGGAAAAUCAUAUCUAGAUGUCAUGAGACCUAUUUCAAUUAAGAAACUGGAGUUCUUUUUGGGUUAUGAAUGA